UUUCAAAUUCCAAGGAUAUUGGAAGGUUGUCGCGCCAAUGAGUUGGGAGUUGCUCCGUUUGCCAGAGUACAUUACAAGGGCGUUAACUGAUUGUGGUUUGAAACAGCCUACGCCAAUACAGUUAAAAUCUAUUCCACCUGCGCUGGAGAAUGGCUCUGACAUUUUGGGAUCAGCUCCUACAGGGAGCGGAAAAACGUUGGCAUUUGGGAUUCCAUUGAUAGCUAGAAUAUAUUUGUUGAAGUGUUCCGAGAAUCAGACUUGUGACGAAGAAGUAACAAAUGAAGAUGUGACUGAUUUGACCUAUAAUAAACAAAACCAAGAUGAUCUUGAGCAAAAUUCUUGUACUGAACCUUCUACAAAAAAGAGAAAGAAAAAGAAGACCAAAAUUUAUUCAGAUUUAGAUGUUAUCGAGGAAUUGAUGCAGACACUGGUGAAGUCCGUACAAUGUAUUCCCUUGACAACAUUUCUACAAUAUGUCGUGAGACAAUUCCACCCAUCAAACAUCCUAUCUCUUUUUUAUCACAAAUGAAAGGCAAUCGCAUUUAUGGGCUUGUUCUGGUUCCUACUCGAGAACUAGCUAUUCAAGUUACUCAACAUCUUCGUGCAUUAACCAAGCAUAUCAACUGUAUUCGUAUUGAAACUAUCGUUGGUGGAAUAUCAGUUGAUAAACAACUUCGACUUCUUCAACGAUGUCCAGAUAUCCUCGUUGCUACUCCUGGAAGAUUAUGGUAUUUUAUUCAACAGGAAGAACCUCAUGUGCUUACCUUACACAACGUUAAUAUAAUUGUAAUCGAUGAAGCUGAUCGAAUGAUUGAAGCUAAUCACUUUAAUGAUUUACGUGCAAUUUUUGACUGGUUACACACAAAAUCAUCAGUAAAUAAUCAUAUAGCUAAUAAAGAGGAUACAACAGUUACACUGGAUAAUUCUAAAAAGAUUAUCAAUGUUAAACGAAAACGUAAAACAGUGCAAAAUACAAACAAUUCUUGUAUAAUUAACGUACAACGUCAGACAUUAGUUUUUUCUGCCACUCUUACCUUUGUUCAUACUAAUGCAAUGAAACCAGGCACUGGAUUCAAAAAUCAUAAACUUCUAUCACGAAAUAAAAGUACUAUGACACCAAAAAUAAAACUUGCUAUGUUACGUGAAAUGUUUGGUCUUAGAAAAUCAGUCAAAGUAAUUGACUUAUCAUCAAGUCAUCCUGUUGAUCAAACCAAUUCAAAUCUAUCUUCAGAUUGUCAACCAGUUUGUCCUGAUAGUCUUUCUGAAUUUCGUCUUUUAUGCCCAAGUCAACCAAGUAAAGAUAUUCGAUUAUUUUGGUUUAUCACCUUUGGUCGUCAUCUUGCUUUAUCUUCAUCAGAAGAGGGAUACACUCCUGCCAAACUUUCUAAUCAACGAUGUCUAAUUUUUUUAAACAGUAAAUCUGGUGUACGUCGAUUAGCUGGUGUGUUGCGUCAAUUGCUAAACUCUAAUGCUUUUUGUGUAUCUGGAUAUCCACCACUGCAACAUAUUAAUGUCUUACACGCUGAUAUGGUUCAAAAGCAAAGAUUACGUGCUCUUGAACGAUUCCAAGCUGAUCAAAAUGGGAUUCUACUUGCUAGUGAUGUAGCAGCCCGGGGUUUAGACUUGGCAUCAAAUGAUGUCAUUGGAUCCAAUGGUGUAUCAUGGGUUGUACAUUUUGAUGUACCACAUACAGCCGAACUGUAUAUUCAUCGAUCUGGACGUACAGCUAGAGCGAAUCGUCAUGGGACAAGUUUGUUGUUCAUUUCACCAAAAGAAAUUGUUCAUUGGCGUCGAAUUGCAAUCAGUCUCAAAAGAUCUAACCCAGAGCUAGAAGAUUUUAUCGUUCAACCGACAAAUAUCAACUUGACUAUCUGUGAACAAAUUGUUCAAUUAGCAAAACAAAUUGAUAUACAAGAGCACAGGAAUUCUCGAACAGCAGCAAAUGAUAACUGGUUCACUAAAGCGGCUAAAGACGCUAAUAUUCUACUCGAUGAUGAGUCAGAAGAUGAAGAGUUUAAUGGGAAAAGAAAUUCGUCGAAGAAAAAUCCGGAUGAUACCAAACCUUUGAAGUCACAGCUACGUCAGGUAUGUUAAAUUUUUUAUUACUACUAGUAUUCUGCAUAUUAUUACUUCUCUUUAUUUACGUUCUAUAUCCUAUACAGCUGUACGGCAUUGAACAUUUCCUCUUAAUCGUUUCAACGUUCUCUAUCAUCGUUGGGGUUGGUUUAGGAAGUUGACUUACAACUAAGUGGGUCAUGGGUUCGAGAACCGCUCCGCUUACCAGGGUAGUAUCAUUAACCUUCGCACAACAGGUAUGGCUCAUUGCCUACUGCAAGAAUAUGCACAAGGUUACUGAAUAGUAGGUCUCGACUUCUUGUUUGUCAUCACACACUUUGUGAUGUCAGUUAACGUUUUCAGGAGAUACUCCAAAGUGGUAAUAAAGGUUUUGAUUUCUACCUUGACAUAUAUUCUUCCGGCGGACUACUAGGAAACUGUUUCAGACUAAAAAUAAACAGCUGUCAUGAGUAUUCUGAUUUCAAAGGAUUUUGUUUUAUGAUAAUGAUAGUUUCAGUCUAGUUGACCAGUAUUGGAAAAGUCGAAAUUCCCGAAGAGGUGACUGAAGCAUUUUUGAUAUGCGUUUCUCAUCUAUCAAUUAGAAGAUGAUGUUUUCCUUCUGAUCUACACAGACUUUUUAGUUUACUAAUCGAGAACAAAAUAAUAGAAUGUGUUGAGUUGAUCCUCAAAAGAACUGUUUGGAAUCUGCUAACACCUGGACCACCCUUGUCGCUGGUGAAAAAUAUUCAACCACCUGCCAAUAUAUAUGUCGAAAGGUGAGUAGACUGCGCAUCAGUUUGAUAUUCCUAAUUGUGCGGCUGUGGAAGUUAACCAUAGGUGUUUUCAUAGCAUUGUUCACGUAUGGUGGAAUCACCAUGUAAGCAAUAUGGAUGGUAGAUGAGGGGUUACUAGGCAAGCAAGGGAAGGUUACUAAUGUUGACCGACUGGCAUGGCUUAGAUAUGCAUUACGCAUGUCGAGCCCACCACCACCUACCUGGAUGUAUCAUGUUUGUCGACGUAGUGUUAAGUUGGCCAAAUCAUAAUAUUGCAGCAGUUGAUGAAGUCUUGAUUCUUGAUCUGAGCUGUAUAGUGACAUGAAAACUGGAUUCACGGGGACCACAAGAAGGCAUCAGCGUUAGGUAACACCCGGCAACUAUUUAAAUUUAUUGAGGAUACUGGCAACAGGAAAACUAUAUUUAGUGAAACCAUCACCAAAAAGGAUGGGCCGUUGAUAACCUCUCAGAAUAGACGGCUACAACAUUGGUCUACAACUGGCCCAACGCUUCAGUUACUCAGAAUCAAACCUGAAACAGAAUAAGACGUAGAUGUGGGUCUUCCACCUCUCGUCAAAGUUGAGAAAGCUAUUUUGAAACCUCAAACUAAGUAAAGUAGCAGAACCUGACGGUUUCCCACCCGACAUUUUUAAGGAUAAAUGUGGGAAAUUACUGAGUAGAGUAACGAAGGUACUAAGCAGUAUAUAGGAAUCAGAGGUAGUUCCGUCAGAGUGGUCUACUUCACUGAUCAUCCUGUUCUUUAAGAGGAGAGACCGGCCUUCCUGUGGUAACCAUUGGGGAAUCAGUUCGACUAAUAUUGUGUCCAAGAUCUUUGGAUCCAUAGGUUUCUGUUGCCUAAGUGAAGCUCGACAACAAUAAACUCGAAAAAGCUGGGCAGAUUUCAGACUUGAGUGAGAGUGUAUUAGUCAAAUUUUCACUUUUUGACAGUUCCUGGAACACAGACAUACUUAUUGGCCAACUGCCAACAGUUUCCACAUUUCUUGAGGCGAAGGCGGCAUUUGACUCUGUUGACUGCGAGAUGUAGCUGUGUUUGGUUGAAAUGAGUAUCAAGCAAGUAUGUAGUGCUAUUCGAAGCUCUCUACUCGAACUCACACAGUCGUGACAAGGCUUAUGGAGAGUUGUCAUCAGGAUUGAAGACAGCUAGUGGUGUUUGGUAGGGAUGCCCACCGUUCCUGUUUAACUUCGUCAUAGAGGUACUAGCGGACAUAGCCUUAGUACGUCUGACGUCAUAGAGAUUGAUCUACUUCCUGGAGGUGUGUGGUUGACUUGCCGUACUCAGAUAAUGUUGUCCUGCUAGGUGAAGGCGCUGACGCAGUGCAAGGUCUUGUGAACGCGUUGAGCGGAAAUCUGAGUGUGUGACUGAUAUGCGUUUGGUGGCACCUGUCAAAUGUAAGAUGAUGCUGCAGGACUGGUCAGCUGUAAGUGCUCUCCCAGUUUAAUGAUCGGGAAUGUAUCGACCACCGCACUUACUUGGGGAGUAGCAUCAACCCGAACAGGCUGGUGGCAGACGAAAUCUCAGCCUGGAUACAGAAGGUUAGUUUGGGAUUUUCGAGCUUGUUUUAUCCUGUAAUGCCGACUGACGAGAUAUUCAACUAUGUAUGAAACGACAAGUAUACUGCACUCCAGUUUGUUCUAUCUUUUUAUACAGCUGUAAAACAUGACUAUUGAAAGUAGAAGAUAUGAAGCAGUUACUGGGUUUUGAUCAUAGGUGUCUUGGUAGCAUUUCUCUUUGAUGAUAGAAUCAUCGUGUGAGCGAUGUUGAGGUCGGGCGAAGGGUACUAGGAAGAAAGGCAAGUUAGUCUAUGAGGUUGUGGACCUUCAUUGACUAAGGUGGCUUGGACAUGUACUGUGUAUGCCGGCGCAACAACCAACCCCAUGUGCGAUGCUAGGGAAAGUUGGACUAAGACGUGACACUAGUACGUAAAGUCUCCAGCUGUUGAUCGGAGCCGUGUAGAGAGGUGUAAACUACCUGAUUGUAGUCCCUGAGACGAUAGGAAUCAAUGGUUGAGAGGACUGUUGGUCACAUGGCUGAAAAUCGAUCGUAGAAUCGCAGAUGUAUUCAUUAGCCUUUAUUUUAAUUUCCCCCCUUCUCCCCCCCCCCCACACCUUUGUCUGCGUUUAUAUCAGUCUUUCCUAUACACUUGUUUUUUGUAUAAUACUGUGAAUUUUGGCAAGUUGAACAGAUACACUUGUGUUCAAGGCUCUACAUUGAUUUUGUCUGUCUUCUUAUCUGCUCUUCAAGACGAUAAACAUCAAUAUUGUGGAACUCUUUAAGACACUGCUUGAAAUCACUCAUAGUGACGUAAAUGGAUACACUCUUUGUUACGUUUAAUGUCUUCAGCAUUUCACGAGUCUCUAUCCGUUUAUUCUCUCAACUGUCAUAUACAUAUCGUGAGCUAACAGAAGUUGGAAAUAUGGAGCAUUGGAUUCUGACCCAGUGGCUAGCUCAAUGGUAACGCGCUGGCCGCGGAACCUGAAGGUCGUGGGUUUGAUCCCUGGCGGGGUCGUAGGUGCGCACUACUGAGCAGUCCCAUACUAGGUGGACGAAACAGCUGUCCAGUGCUCCCAGAUUUCUUUUGUUCCUCCAACUGAUGUCAGUCUUCGAUGAAUAACAACUUGAAAUAUACAUUUGUCUACUCUAUUAUCAUCAUUUUUCUGUCCACCUGUUGUUUGCAUACUAGUGGUAUGUGUAUCAACUUGUCUGCCACAUUCAGCGUGUUUAUAUGUUUGACAGGCUUCAUAGUUUUUAGCUUUGUUUACUUGGGACAGAUUACUUGAGUUGAAUAAACAGAAUCAGUCAUAGUGUCAAACAAUCAGCUGAAAUAAACAGUCGUUAUUCGUUUCAAUUAUGCCUCCAUACGUUUUUUUAUUUUAUUUCCUUUAAUUAAGCACCGUAAAAAUGUUGACCUCCUGAAUAGGUAGUCUUUCCUGUCAGCUGUUAGUCGUCAAUUAUACUUGAUUAGUGACUCUUUGUGUUUACCGACCUAUUCACUGUUUUUGUUUUGUUUUUAUGGAUAUUUCUCUUCAGUUGAUCGUCGUUUCACGAGGAAAACUGGUCAAACCGACUAGUGGUCAGACAAAAUACUUGGAUUCAUCAAUUCAAACGCUUUCAAAGCUCAAAUUGCUAAAACAAUCAUGUACAGUCUAAUUAUUGUUAGUUUCCUAUAACUAUUUUUGUAAAUAUUAUCUAUGGGAAUAUCUGUACCUGAAAAAAAUACUAUUUGCGAACAUAUCUAUCAAUAAAACAUAUGGAGGCCUAAG